CCUCUCUGACGUCACUUCCCACGCGCGGUACGCGGGCUCAUGCUAACGGCGGCUACCUGACAACAGAGAGGAAAAUGUCCGGGACAUUGACAGUUUAUUGAAGAACCCCGAGGAGAAAGCUGCAGUUACCGUGGACAGGUGACGUGUUCCGGCUGUAGGCGGAGUGCAGGGAGACAAAGGGCCGCUCCGGAGCUGCUGAAUCCCCGCUGGGACGCGGUGCCGCUCGGUUGUUGACAUCCAGGACGGGGACGGAUGUGGCCGCAGCUCCUCCGCCGCGUCAAGUUUCCAGCUUCGUGGCGGAAGUUUCCCUCCUCUCGUGUCCGUUUGAACCCGUAGUUUGUGGCCGGGGCUCGACCCCCGGUGCUCAGUCAGCGGCUGCCAUGAAGCUGCAGUGCGACGUGGAGGUGGUGAAUCGGAUGCUGCCCACGUUCGGGAUGAGGAGUCGGGGGAAGGGGAGCAGAGCGGUGCUGUCCAUCGGGAGACAUGUGGACAAGACGAGUCAGCGCGGCAACAUCUACAUGAUGAUCUGCACCGCUAAAGACAGAUCUGGGUCCAAAUACAAGCUGAAAGACAAUAUAGAGAAGUUCUUCACGUGGUUUGUGGAGGAAGGCAAGGCCACUGUGAGACUAAAGGAACCUGCUGUCGACAUUUGUUUGAGCAAGGCUGAUGCAAAUAGCUUGAAAAACUUCCUCUCGGCCGCUCGCCUGGCAGACAGAGGAAGCGACACGAGCAGUCUGCCCCUCUCCACGCUCACGCCCGUCCGCGCCAGGGACGUGGAGCAGCCCAAGAAGAAACUCACCAUCGUGUCCAAGAAGGACUACCCCCUCACCUCCAGCUUCCCCUACUCUCUGGAGCAGCUGCAGGUCUCCUACUGCAAACUGUCCCGUGUGGACAUGCGGAUGCUGUCCCUCAAAGCUCUCCGCAAACUAGACCUCAGCAACAACCACAUCAAGAAACUUCCUGCCACCAUCGGGGACCUCGGCUGCCUCUCUGAACUCAUCCUCCACAACAACCACCUGGAAGCGUUCAGCGUGGCGCUGUGCCUGUCCACGCUGCAGCGGACCCUCCAGCUCCUGGACCUCAGCCAGAAUCGACUGCAGACGCUCCCCGCUCAGUUCUGCCAGCUCAGAGAACUGGUCAACCUGAAACUGGACGACAAUGAGCUCGAGUGUUUGCCGUUUCACGUCGGACGACUCUCGAAGCUGAGGUUCCUGUCGGCGGCACACAACCAGUUGGUAGUGCUGCCCGGUGACUUCCGCAAGCUGAGUCUGGAGAACCUCGACCUGUUCGGAAACCCUUUCAUCCAGCCCAAUCCUCUGGACCACACAAUGCAGCUCACAUUCCCCCUCCCACUUCAAGAGAUAGCCUCCAGGGCUCUGUCCAACCUCAGACUACCGUACGGACCUCACCUCAUCCCUGCCCACUUGUGCCGGGACCUGGAAACAGCCAAGACCUGCGACUGCGGCCGCGUCUGCAUCAACUUCUACAUCAAGACGGCCGUCAGCAUGAACCUGCACCAAGUCUCUCACACAGUCGUCCUGGUGGAUGACAUGGGAGGCACAGAUGCUCCGGUGCAGCAGCACUUCUGCUCGCUCUCCUGCUACUCUGAAUUUUUGGACAGCUCCCUCCAAAGAGGAAUAAGAUGAGCAGGAACAAACUGUGGUUUCACAGAAAAACCUGUAAACCGCUGGAACCUGCAGUGGAUACUUUGAUGGUAUCUGUUGAGACACUGGCAAGAAGAAUCCGCAGUAGUAAAUAGCUCAGUGGUAGUUUUCUGCUAAUGACUUUUAAUAAAAGGACAAUGUCGACUCUAGCUGUGUCCCAAUUCAGGGGCCGCCUCCUUCAUGGGGUCUGGUCUGCAUGGCCCACGAAGGCUGAGCCAAAAUCAUGUGGAAAACUGUUUGUCACUAUCCUAGAAAAGGUUCUCCCUUCGAUCGUCAUUUGACGGACGCAUUUGAAGGAGCAGUCGAAGUUGGACAGCAUAGUCGCACCACUGUGACGCAGUCCGUCUUCAAAUGCAGCUUCUGAAAGAUGCAGCCCCUGAAUUUGAGACACAGCUUCUGUAAAGCCAUUUUUAAAAGUGCUUCAAGCUGCCUGUUUUACACUCACAUUCAAGUUGUACUGCACUUCCCACAUAUCAAGGAUGACCAUCGAGACAAGCAUAAACCUCACUCCUGUAUCUGCUGGUCCCUCACUGUAUGUAAUGAUAGUGAGGCAACAACACUGAGGCAAAAUGAUUUUUCUGUUCUUCCUGCCUCUGAGAGCAAAAUCCAGGUUACUCCACUGACCUACUUGUGCUCCGCAGGGGAAUAGAGACGUCAGAUGAAUCUCCUGAACUCGGUGCCUCAGGGUUCAUCAGCGUCACCUAAAGGGAGUUGGUUUUUACUGUGCUAAUGACCCACAAGUUUUUAUACAUAUAUACAUCUAUAUAUAUAUGCACUGUAUGAAAAAAAGUUAAAUAAAAUUAAAGCAUUCGC